AUGAGCUUGCCAAAGAGUUUUUAUGACGCUAAGAGGUUAGUAUCAAAGUUGGGAUUAGAGGCUAAGAAGAUUGAUUGUUGUGUGAGUGGUUGUAUGCUCUUUUAUGACAAUGAUAGUGGAAAAAGAGAUGCAGCAUUGCUUGAAUGUAAAUUUUAUCACAAACCAAGAUAUCAUCUACUUCAUCAGGGAUCCAGGCGCAAAAAACCAAUUGCAAUUAAGUCAAUGUUCUAUUUGCCUAUAAUCCCAAGAUUACAAAGAAUGUUUGCUUCUAUGCAAACCGCGCCACAUAUGACUUGGCAUCAUGAAAACCAAAGCCAAGGCAUGUUAUGCCACCCAUAUGGUGGUGAAGCCUGGAAGCACUUUGAUCGUAAACAUCCUACCUUUGCGUCUGAUCCACGCAAUGUGCGACUUUUUCUAUGUUCAAAUGGAUUUAACCCUUACAUUCAGGCUUCAUCUUCACCAUAUUCUUGUUGGCCCGUGAUUGUUACUCCAUACAAUCUUCCUCCUGAAAUGUGCAUGUCAAAGCCUUAUAUGUUUUUGAGUUGUCUUAUACCAAGGCCAUCCAAUCCAAAGGCCUCUAUUGAUGUUUACUUGGAGCCUUUAAUUGAUGAUUUGAGGAAGUUGUGGGUUGGUAUCUUGACCUAUGAUGUUUCAAGGAAACAAAAUUUUAUGAUGAGGGCAUGUUUGAUGUGGACUAUUAAUGACUUCCCUGCUUAUGGGAUGUUAUCUGGUUGGGGCACACAUGGUAGAUUAGCUUGUCCGCAUUGCAUGGAGCACAAUAAGUCAUUCACGUUAAACUAUGGUCGCAAAAUUUGUUGGUUUAACUCACAUCGUAGGUUCUUACCUAAUGACCAUCCUUUUAGGAGAAAUAUUAAAGCCUUUCGAAAAGGGCAAGUUGAAACAGAUGGGCCACCUCCUAGGUUGACACCAUUACAAGUUUGGAGAAGAGUGAAACAUUUUCCAAAAGUCACUAAAAACGGUGUAACACGGAUAGAUGGAUAUGGAGAGUGGCAUAAUUGGACAAAAAGAAGCAUUUUUUGGGAUCUUCCAUAUUGGAAAGAUAAUUUGUUAAGACAUAAUCUUGAUGUAAUGCACAUAGAAAAAAAUUUCUUUGAGAACAUAUUCAAUACUGUUAUGAAUGUGACGGGAAAGACAAAAGACAAUGAGAAGGCAAGAAGGGAUUUAGGAUUGCAUUGCAAGCGAAAAGACUUGGAGUUCAAGGUUCAAGAUAAUGGGAAAAUAUUAAAGCCUAAAGCGAAUUACACUUUAACUCCAGAUGAAGCUAAAUCAGUUUGUCGGUGGAUAAAGGAACUUAAGAUGCCAGAUGAUUAUAGUUCCAACUUGGCUAGAUGUGCUGAUGUUGAAAAGGGAAGAAUCCAUGGAAUGAAAAGUCAUGAUUGCCAUGUAUUCAUGGAGUCAUUACUUCCUAUUGCAUUUAGUGCUUUGCCCAUUCAUGUUUUAAAUCCUUUUACUGAAAUUAGCCACUUUUUCAAAGAUUUGUGCUCUACAACAUUAAAAGAGGAAUCCCUAAGAAGAAUGGAGAAAAAUAUUCCAAUUAUUCUAUACAAAUUAGAGAGAAUAUUCCCUCAUGGAUUAUUUGAUUCCAUGGAACAUCUCCCUAUUCAUCUCCCCCAUGAAGCAUUGUUGGGUGGACUAGUGCAAUACAGAUGGAUGUAUCAUUUUGAAAAGUACUAA